AUGGAUGAUUGGUUGAAAUAUUACAUCCCGGCGGGAUGCUUACGGAUCGCUAGAGAUGACCUUGAUUCAUCAUGCCAGACCCCGAGAGAUCUCAGCGUGAAAGACUGGCAAUUGUUCACUCUCAAGAGCGAUAAACUGCACGACACUACGUCUUUUCUUGACCUUGAAAUUCAGACAAGUCUGCUGAAUACGCAGCCACUAUCCGCAUUUGUGGACCUGUUUGACCACCGAUGGAUACGUCUCACAAUUCUUGACGAACUCGUCCGUGUCUACAUUUUGCCUCAAGAUGUUCUUAGACGGACGCAAGAAAAGGCCGGCGACACGAGACUGUCCAAAAUGCUCGGCGCACUAUUGAAACAACUGGAUUAUUCACCGGAUGCGUGGAAUGGUACCGCCGAUUCCCUUCCAUAUAGCUAUCCAGCCACGGAUGCCCACGGAAAUCACCACACGGAAAAGGACAUGUCUCUUUUGGAACGUUUCAACCAACUCCCUUCGCCUGACCCACAACUUGACCUCGUCACUCCAGACUCUUUCAAUGCUAUUGCCAUGCAAGGGAUCCUAGACAGCACGUUGGCUGGACUGCAAACUACGCUCUAUGCUCAUCAGAGGCGCUCGGCUGCUGUUAUGCUACAACGUGAGGCGGAGCCUGGCCGGGUGAUUGAUCCUCGAUUACGCAAGGCUUUCGACCAGAAGAAAGAGGCGUGGUACUACGACACUGAUGCGGGUGUCGUGCUUCGUGAACCACGAUACUAUGACAGAGUUUCGGGUGGCAUUCUUGCAGAGGAAAUGGGCUUGGGCAAGACGCUCAUCUGUUUGGCGCUUAUUCUGGCCACAAAGGACUUGCCAACGGAAGCCCCAGAUGCUUUGACAGUUGAAGUUCCCAUCAGACCCCGGACUGGUUCCUUGGUUGAUAUGACUGCAGCUGCCAUCAAUCGAUGCUCUUUCCCCUGGAAACGAUUCCUUGCGUCAUCCCCUUCUCAGCCAGGUUAUUAUGCCGAGGGCUGUGUAAGAGCCUUGGAGUCUUCAGAAAAUAAUGCUUCUUACGAGCUCCGGGAUCCGUUGGUUGAAACUAGAAAAUGUGGCCGCAUUGCAGCUCCAGCAUCUCCCACCGAGAAGAUCCAUUUGAGUCAGACCAGUCUCAUCAUCGUACCGAACAAUCUCGUCAUCCAAUGGCAACAGGAGAUUGCCAAGCAUACCUCGGGAUUAAAGGUCCUGACUAUCGUUGCUACAGCAGAUGCCAUACCGCCAGUCUCUAUUUUGCUAGGCUAUGAUAUACUACUCUUCUCUCAAGGGAAGUUUGAACAUAUGGAAAGACUACGGAUAAGCAUGCCUGGGCAGAGCCAUUCCCCCCUGGAACGUAUAAGGUUCAAAAGAUGCAUCAUUGAUGAGGGUCACAAAUUGGGCUCUUCUCGGAGUUCUACCUGGAAAAGUGACCUGAUGAGCCAUCUCAGCAGGCUUCAUGUUGCCGCACGUUGGGCUAUUACCGGAACACCAUCACGAGGGUUGUAUGGUGUUGGCGUAAAGAGCGCAUCCCAAGAAGCCACGGAAAGCGAAAAAGUCCAACCUCAGGAGUUGCAAUCAAUACAUAAACAAGAGCGAGAUGACCUACAGAGAAUUGGUAAUAUGGCCACCAAAUUCUUAGGGGUCAGACCUUGGUCGAACACGCGGGACGAAGCCGGUGAUACGAUCGCAUCAUGGAACGUUUAUGUGAUGCAACCACAACAUCACAAGAAGAGCAGCGGGCGCCUGGACUGCCUGAAAGCUACUCUGGAAUCGCUCAUCAUCCGGAAUCAACUAUCGGACGUCAGCCAAUUCCUCCCGCCACUUGAGGAGAAAAUCGUUCUACUCGAUGGUUCAUUCCAGGACAUGCUCGCACUAAACUUAUUCUCAAUGAUGAUCAUAUUCAAUUCCGUCCAAUCUCAACGAACAGACCAGGAUUACAUGUUCCACCCGCGGCAGCGCAAAGCUCUUGACCAACUGGUCAGCAAUCUCAAACAGGCAAGCUUUUUCGGAGGGGUGUUUUACUCAGUCGCAGAGAUCCAGAAGUCGUUGGACACGGCCAAGAGCUUCUUGGAAGAGAAGAAAGUGCCCAUAAGUCAAGAGGACCACAGCCUUAUCAAAGAAGCCAUAGCUUUGGGCGAAAUUGCCAUGGGCAAUCAAUUGAAAGCUGUCAGCAACCAGUUUCAUGCCAUGCCUCUAUACAUCGAGAAUUUCCCAGGAGGCAACGGAAGGUCUUGGUCAUUGGACGAUGUAGACACUCACCCCGGCGACCCUGUAUGCACAGAUGCGAGCCUUGUACAUCAGCUCCAAAAGUUCCUCAACCCGUGUCUAGACGCUCCCAUGUCUCUCAAGGUAAUGAUUGACAGUGGUCAAUUGACCCUACGAGGCGAUGCCGCCAGAUUGCAAGCAGCAAAGGAAGCCGCAGAAGCGAGCGAUGACAAGUCGAAUUCAAACUCACAACCCUCUGCUUUGGCUGGGAAUACUCCGAAGGGAGUCGACCAUCAUACAAUCCGCAAGAUGGCUGUGCCCACUGAACAGGCGACGUUGGAUCUCACUGCUGAUAAUGUCGCCAACAUUCAGAUUGCCGAACCCUUAGCCAAAACCAGGAUUAUUUCGACGGUGUCAGCAAAGUUGUCCUAUCUGAUUGAUGCCAUUGUCAAGUACCAAGAUGAGGAACAAAUUAUUGUUUUCUACGAGAAUGACAACGUAGCAUGGUACUUGGCGGGAGCACUCGAAAUUCUGCAAAUUCAACAUCUCAUCUACACAAGAAAGGGCCUCGACGCCAAACGGCGCGCGCAAUACGUCAGCACUUUCACGCGCAACUCCAAGUUUCGCGUGCUGCUGAUGGACAUCAGCCAAGCUGCCUUUGGUCUGGAUAUGCGCAGCGCCUCGCGCAUCUACUUUAUCAGCCCGGUGCUGAACCCGCAGGUCGAGGCCCAGGCCAUUGGUCGCGCCCGGCGCAUCAGCCAACAAAAGCCUGUAACGGUCGAAACCUUGGUAUUGCGUGGUAGCAUUGAGGAAGUCAUGGUCGAGCGCCGCCGGAACAUGACGCAAGCCGAACACCGCCGCGUCAAGGAUAUCUUGGACGACAAGCCCAUGCACGACUGGAUUCGCAACGCGCGCAUCAUGCCAAUGCCCGAGAAUAUUACAGCAGACGAUAGUGUUGCGCAGACGGCCAGGCUCCGGACGCCUCAAUUCGUCUUUGGCCGCGGAUUUGGCAGGGACUCGGAUCCCGACGCGGAUCUCAUCAUGGACAGCCCAACGGCCCUGUCAAAGGCCAAGGGGACGACUGCUGACAAGAGCGGCGAUGGCGGCAAUGUCGAGCGCGCACCGCUACCAUUCAAGCUUGGCAGCGGUCUAAAGAGAAAGCAGUCUCGCUCGUCGACACCGAUGCCGGCAGAAGACGGGGUUGAUUCAGCUGGUGCCGCCGAUGCUCCUCCCAAGAAGAAGAAGAAGAAGGCGGUCCGUGUUGCUUUUGCAGAUGAUGUGUAA